AUGAGAGUUCACCAAGCGAGACAGGCUGAAUCUUCGCGGUACCAAAUAUAUGUACAAGGUUGUGGCGCUUGCAUUGUGGCUGUCACCGCUCCUGACCAUGAUGGACACAAACGGACAUUUGCGGUUAAUUCGUGCCUAACGAGUAUACUGUCUAGUCAAGAUUGGGAAAUAACGACCACCGAAGGAUUAGGUGACAGACAGGGUUAUCAUCCUAUUCAGCGUACCCUAGCAGAGCACAAUGGCAGCCAAUGUGGGUAUUGGACGCCCGGGUGGGUGAUGAAUAUGUACAGUUUACUUGAAACAAACAAUUAUAAUCUAACUCAGUAUGAAAUCGAGAAUUCGUUUGGUAAUAACAACUGCAGAUGCACUGGUUAUAGACAAAUUUUAUAUGCGUCUAUAACAUUCGCCAAAGACGCACCAAAACCCAACCUAAUCGACAUAGAGGAACUAACUUAUUUUUCUUAUUUGCAAAAACUCUGUAACCAUUUGGAUUUAGUAGCGCAUAUACCUGUGAGAAAUGUGGGAUCGAUCGCUGGAAACCUGAUGCCUAAGAAAAGAGAUGCGACUUUUGCAUCCGAUGUCGAAGCUCUCAUACAGUGUUCUGGAGAAGUAAAUGAUGUUAAAUCAAUGCGGAAAGAAGUGUAUUGUGCGUUUGUAACCUCCAAAAUCUUUAGCGGAGAUAUUGACGAGACCAUACGGUCAUUUGUUCUUGAAAAAAUAUCGCAUGGAAAAAUCGAAUACUUUGACCAACCAAUAGCAAUAAUAGUUGCAGAAACGAAAAAACUUGCACAAAGAGCGGCUACUCUUGUUAGAGUCACUUGUUAUCGACCAAAAAGUCUUCAAGGUAUGACAGAGUAUGUGUUAGAAAGAAUAUCUUACGAAUUAGAUAUAGUCCCGCUAGAAGUAUGCCUCAAUAACCUCAAUCCGGAAUGUAUAGAUGUUAAAGACAUACUGGAAACAUUAUUAAAAAAUAGUGAAUACAUAGAACGAAAGAAAGAAGUUAUGAAAUUCAAUUCUGAAAACAGAUAAAAAAGAGGUCUUCGUGCAGCAAUCAUGAGUAGGCCUGCUCCAGAUCAAGUAGAUUAUCACAUCUACCUAUCAAUUUAUCAUGGAGAUGGCAGUGUAAAGCAUAGCGGUGUAGAAAUCGGCCAAGGCAUUAACACAAAAAUAAAACAAACCAUUGCCAUUGUAGGGACCUUACACGUUAGAAGCAAAUGUUAA